AUGACGGGUGAAAAUCAAAUCCCAAUCAAAAUCAAAUCCAAACCAACAAUUAGGGUUCCACGGAGAUGGGCACGGCGGAACACUAUUGAGACUUCUCCAUGCUCGAUGAACUGCGACUACAACAUCAGUCGAGAGGAGCUCAGUGAUUUGCUAGAAAAUCUCGAGGUGUGCGUGCCGAAGCAGAAGCUACGAUCAAUGAUCGGGAAGAUUGACACCGACGGGGACGCCCAGGUGGAUGCCGAGGAGUUCGGCGCCCUGUACGCGGUGGUGAUGGCAGACGAAAGAUGUGACAAGGGGGAAAACGGUGAAGAAGACGUGCGGGAGGCGUUUAGAACUUUCGUUUGGGACGGGGCGAGUUCAUCACGGCGGAUGAGCUGA